GGUGAAGGCAAACAACUUCACUCUCUGCUAAAUUGCAAUUCCAACUCCUCCACCUUGGAAUCUCCUCAUUCUCCGCAAAGCAUCCCUAAUCUACCAGCUGCUUUUCCCCUCAUCCAGGCUACUAUUUUUCUAAUUUUUUAUAUUACGCAUUUCCUAUUGUUAUAAUUUUAUAUCUUUAAAAAACAGAAAUUAUUCCAUCAGAUGAAAACUGGGCAAAAGAAGAUUGAAUUCCGCAAAAUCAGUCAAAUCUGGCAUGGACCCAUGUCGUACGACGCAGUUCUCUUGUCGGUGGAGUGGAAUAAUUGUAUUCACGCCAAAGGGAGAUAGAGAAACAGCUCGUUUCUUUGUGAAGAAUUGAGAUCUCUUGUUGCCGCUAAUGGUGAGUUCUCUGCUGAUGCUGAAUUCUUAGCAGAUUGAGUUACUUGCGAUUGAAUGAGUUGGUGGCGUACCUGCUCCAGUUGAGGCAUCAAUGGGUUUUCGCCUAUUAUUGCUUCUCUUUCUGGCAUCUCUUUCUGCAAUUUGGGCUCAAAAUGUUGAAGAUGACGUGAUUAUAGUCAAUGGAACUGAAGCAAUUGCUAGUACAGAUACUAACUAUAUCUGUGCAACAAUUGAUUGGUGGCCUCAUGAUAAGUGUAACUACGACCAAUGCCCAUGGGGAUCUUCAUCCAUUAUAAAUCUGGACUUAUCCCAUCCUCUUCUUGCCAAGGCUGUCCAAGCUUUCGAGCGUUUGAGAAUAAGAGUGGGAGGAUCUUUGGAAGACAAAGUUUUGUAUGAUGUAGGAACUUUGAGUUCCCCUUGCCAGCCAUUUACAAAAAUGGUAGGUGGGCUGUUUGGAUUUUCAAAGGGAUGCUUACAUAUGGAUAGGUGGGAUGAAGUGAACCACUUUUUCAACAAGACAGGUGUAAUUGUGACGUUUGGCUUGAAUGCACUAUAUGGGAGGCAUGAGAUAAGAAAGGGAGUCUGGGGAGGAGAUUGGAACUCCAGUAACGUAAAUGAUUUCAUAAAAUACACUAUUUCCAAGGGUCACCAGAUAGAUUCAUGGGAAUUUGGUAAUGAGUUAAGUGGCACAGGUAUUGGUGCAAGUGUUGGGGCUGGACAAUAUGCAAGAGACUUGAUCAAGCUUAGAGCUAUUAUCGAUGAGUCGUAUAAGAACUUCAACCCAAAACCUUUACUUGUGGCUCCUGGAGGGUUUUAUAAUAAGGAGUGGUACAAUAAGCUCCUUCAGGUUACAGGUCCACUUGUGGUCAACGCUGUGACGCAUCAUGUGUACAAUUUGGGUGCAGGAGUGGAUCCUAGGCUUGUGAGUAAAAUUUUGGAUCCCCAUCAUUUGAACAAGAUAUCAGAAACAUUCAGCAGUCUUGAAGAAACCGUUCAAACAUAUGGCCCUUGGGCUUCUGCUUGGGUUGGAGAAUCUGGUGGGGCAUUCAACAGUGGUGGUCAUAACGUAUCUAACACCUUUGUCAACAGCUUUUGGUAUUUGGAUCAGCUUGGAAUGGCAGCCAAGUUUGACACUAAAGUAUAUUGCAGACAGACAUUAAUUGGUGGAAACUAUGGUCUUCUUGACACAACCACAUUUGUGCCCAAGCCUGAUUAUUAUAGCGCACUUUUGUGGCAUCGGCUAAUGGGAAAAGAAGUUAUUGCCGUUGAUACCAGUGCUUCACCAUAUUUGCGCUCAUAUGCUCAUUGUUCAAAAGGAAGAGACGGCAUUACUCUACUUCUGAUCAAUUUAAGCAACCAAACCGAGUUCAAGCUCACAGUUCAAAACAGUAUGAACAUCGGUUUAAACAUGGACGAGAAGACCAACACCAACAGAAAGUCCUUCAUACACGGCCUAAAGAGAGUUGUGUCGUGGGUUGGAAGCAAAUCAUCAGGCCAAUCAUUCUUCAGAGAAGAGUAUCAUCUAACUCCUAUGGAUGGUGAAUUACAAAGCAAAACCAUGUUACUAAAUGGAAAACCGUUGCAGCUUGCUGAUAGUGGAGACAUUCCUAAUUUAGACCCAGUUCUCAUCGAUGUAAAUUCUCCGAUGUCUGUUCCUCCUUUGUCUAUUAAGUUCGUAGUAGUUCCAACUUUUGAUGCUUCUGGUUGCAAGUGAUUCCUUUCUGGCAGUGUCGUCGGUUAUACAUUAUAGUGUAGUUGCAGAAUCAUGAGUUUGUGUGUGAUCUAGUUUAGGAAUUGGUGUAAUAGUAGCUUGUAAUGCCUUUUGACAGUAUUUAAUCUCGUGGGAAUAAAUAGAAGCAAUGUAGUAUUCUUUGGGGAUUA